AUGCCCGGCAAUCAAGAUCCCGCAGAGCAGGUCAAAUUCCUCGUCUCCUGUAUUGGAAACACCAACAACGGCCGUCCUGACUUUGCCGCUGUUGCUGAAGAGCUCGGCAUCGUCAGCAAGGCCGCAGCGCAAAAGCGAUAUGAGCGCAUGCUCAAAGCGAAUGGUGUUACUGGCACCAAGUCUCCCGUGAAAGCUUCCGACGCUGGGCCCAUCCCUACUCCUCAGGUCACGCCUGUCAAGCGCAAGGCCGCCGCGGCCCGUUCUCUUGCCUCUACCAAGAAGGCUAAGGGUAAAGCUGGCAAGGGGGUGAAGAAGGAGGAGGAGGUGGACGAUGAUGACGAUGGCUCAGCUGAGGAUAAUAAGAAAGGUGUCAAGAAAGAAGAGGACUCGGCGUCUGAUGUUUCUGAUCCCCCCCUUUCUGAUGACUAUGAGGUUUAA